AUGAACGCUCAACGACUGAGACGCGAGAAUCGUCGGAGAACCAGUGAGCGUCGGCAAUCAGAUGAGCAAAGCGCUCCGACACGUCGCAAUGAAAGUGCCUCAACGCCCAAGCGAAGUGACACCCCAACCCUCAGACAAGAAGACCCUCCGGCAUCGCACUGCCUGACGCGAGAACACAUUCAGGAGUGGAGGAACUCCACGAACGAGCUCAAGGCCACCUUUCCCUACGUCGACUCAUGGCCAUGCAUGUACUGCCUCAAUCAUAUCGACUUCCGCUACCAAGAGCGAUGUUCGCGCUUCCACUGCGAGGAUACGGAGUGCGUGGGCAAAGGAAAACUGCAGAUUACUUGCUUCUGGGACAUAAAAGCAGGGACAAAGAGAGAUGAGGAUUAA